AUGGUGUAUCUCGCUAUACUGGCUUCCACCACCAUUCUCCUUUGUGGAAUUUUCCUUCACCCGGCCGCACAACAGUGCUUUCAGUACUCUGAGCCCAACACGGCUUUAGUAGACUCAGCGUACAAGACCAUUGACGUAGCGAACCUCGGCGAUUGCAACCUCAAGUGUGAUGAAGAUGAGAAGUGUCUCAGCGUCAACUACUGGAAGGGAGAAAGGAAGUGUGAUUUGAAUAACGCGACCAAGGCCAUGUACCCAGAGCGAGAGAAGAAAGACAGGACCGCCAUCUACGCCAACAUUCGCGAGGGCGAAAGAUCGAUUGCUGUAGCUGGAAACUGCGCCGAUGUGCUGAGAGCCGGCGGAAAGAGCGGUGUGCACGAAGUGAAGCAAUCAGAGGACAUCGAUACGUUCAAGGUGUACUGUGACCAGACCACAGAUGGCGGGGGAUGGACCGUGUUCCAGAGAAGACAAGACGGGUCCGAAGACUUCUACCGUGGAUGGGCCGAUUACAAGUCGGGUUUCGGUAACCUGACGGGAGAGUUCUGGCUUGGUCUUGACAAGAUCUUUGCCCUGACCCAUCAAACUGAGAACACACUCCGUGUUGACUUGAUGGACUGGGCUAACAACACCAGAUUCGCCGAGUACGAGGAGUUUGCCGUGAUGGGAGAGAGCGAUUUAUACAAGCUGGCGGUGGGAGACUACACAGGAAAUGCUGGGGACUCAAUGACUUACAGCAAUGGGAUAGCUUUCAGUACCAAGGACAGGGACAAUGACCCACAAAGUUCUAAAAACUGUGUUGUUCUUCACAAGGGUGCGUGGUGGUACCGGAACUGUCAUAGUGCAAAUCUUAACGGUAUGUACCACGGCGGGGGAUCAUAUGCAAAUAAAGUAAGCUGGUACGUGUGGCUUGGACAUGAUUACUCCCUCAAGCGAACCGAGAUGAAAACCAGGCCUGCUGGCUUCACGACAGCAUAACCAAGCCAUCACGCACAGCUCACACCAGAACCGCUUUAUUAACCAAGGUGAAAACGCAACCCAAAGCCGUCAAACUCGAACCAACAAGAAAACGCAACCUGAAGCCGUCAAACUCUAAUCAACAUGAAAACACAACCUGAAGCUGUCAAACUCUAACCAACAUGAAAACGCAACCUGAAGCAGUCAAACUCUAAUCAACAUGAAAACGCAACCUAAAGCUGUCAAGCUGUAACCAACAUGAAAACGCAACCUAAAGCCAUCAAACUCUAAUCAACAUGAAAACGCACCCUGAAGCUGUCAAACUCUAACCAACAUGAAAACGCAACCUGAAGCCGUCCAACUCUAACCAACACGAAAACGCACCUUGGAGCUGCCAAACUCUAAUCAACAUGAAAACGCAACCUGAAGCUGUCAAACUCUAACCAACAUGAAAACGCAACCUGAAGCUAUCAAACUCUAACCAACAUGACAACGCAACGUGAAGCUGUCAAAUUCUAACCAACAUGAAAACGCAACCUGAAACCGUCAAACUCUAAUCAACAUGAAAACGCAACCUGAAGCCGUCAAACUCUAAUCAACAUGAAAACGCAACCUAGAUCUGUCAAACUCUAACCAACAUGAAAACGCAUCCUGAAGCCGUCAAACUCUAAUCAACAUGAAAACGUAACCUGAAGCUGUCAAACUCUAAUCAACAUGAUUUCAAACGCAACCUGAAGCUGUCAAACUCUAAUCAACGUGAAAACGCAACCUGAAGCCGUCAAACUCUAAUCAACAUGAAAACGCACCCUGAAGCUGUCAAACUCUAACCAACACGAAAACGCAACAUGAAGCCGUCAAACUCGAACCAAUAUAAAGACACUCUUAGAUUGCACCCCUUAACUUGGAGAAGCUGUCAUCUGUCAAAGUGCCGUAUCAUUUGGCUCUAAGUCACGUCUAGUACGGGAAAGCACCUCACAAAAGAAUACGUGGGCUGAAGCUAGUUCAAAGCUGGCAUCCAUAAAAGAAAACGUUAUGGAAUUUCUCAAUCUCGAUCAACUAUCGCCGCCAUAUAGGCAACUUGGACUAAGAAGUCACGUGACGUUUUCAAAAUCAAAUUCAAGCCAAAAAAAAAAGAAAUAGCUAGACCCAUUACGUCAUAGAGCGACAAAAAACUAUGCUUUUGUGUCCAACAAAGCCUGUUUUUCUCUCGCUUGUACCCUUGCUAUCGUGUCCUUCACGAGCCCCACCCAUCCACCCAUAGCGUGUUGCACAGAAAUCUGAUGAUGACGAGGAACUAAUAUUGAAUUUCCUGAAACAAUCUCGUUUGAGCGUUACCGAAAUAAAGAAAUCAUGAAAUCGGGGGGGGGGGGGGGGGGGGUCUCACAGCCGCGCUCCUACUGGCUUCCUUAUCAAGUGAAAAAGAAAUGGGGAGCACGGGCCCCACCUAUAGGCGUUACGACACUGCUUUUUUAUAUGUUCCCUUAAUCAUCCUUACACGAUAACACAAGGAUCACGGGAGAGCUGCCUCCUCUACGAUGCUAACACGGUCACCGCAUUCUGCUUUUCGAUUAGUCCGCUGCGAUAUUGCUAAUUUAUGCACCUUUGUUUAGGAAUUACACCGCCUAAGUAUGUUCUGAAUAUGUUUGGAAAAGCUAAAAAAUUGCGAACAAUGUUUAAGUUGUGUAAGCACGUGUGGCCUAGUUGCUAGCGCGUCGGCCUUUUACUGCUGUGGCCGAGGUUCGAAUCGGCUCAAACUGGGGAUUUUUUUCCGGGUUCCUGCCCUAACUGGAAUUCGCGUCACAAGUGAGUUGACGUUUACACUGGGUACCAGAGUCUCGAGCUUCUGUCGUUUAUUAUGCCCGUUUGUUUACUUCGCUCCUCUUUGUCAGUAAAGGGCGCAAAGUAAACGAACGAAGCUCAAAAGAAUUUGGUACCCAGGGUAGUUGAAGUUAUUGUUAUUCCAUGUUUCCAGUUUCCAGGAGGUGGAGUGGGUGACGAUCAAUCCCCUCUUUCGACGGGUUUCUAGUACAAUACCUUACUUGCAUUUAAUUUUCGCAAUUUCGCUAUUUUU